UUGGGCGCCCGCUGUUUUUUUCGGCCUCGCCAUAACGAAAAAUUUGAAACCGAUAACUUCUUCCAGAAUCGGUUUCCCCGCGUCUUCUCCCGCAUCUGUAAUUGAGAACAAUUUGAUCAACCAAUCCGCGCCGCAUUGAAGCUGGACAGAAUCUCCUCGCUUACACUGCUAGGGUUUCUCCGCAUCCAUGGCUUCCCAGUUACUAGUGGAGGAAGCAAGCGAUGAGAGACCACCGAACGGCUCAUCUGCCGAUGAACUUGAGGUGGAGGCGGCGGAAGAAUCGACGCCUGGGGGGGAUCAGGUGAGCCCUAAGACGAAGGGUAGGAAGAGGAGAAUGGAGGAAAGGGAGGGGCAGGGGGAGGAGGACAAGAAGGGGAGGGCGUCGUCAUUGGAUAGGCCGUCGAGGGAGAGGAAGACCGUGGAGAGAUAUGCGGCUCUUUCGCCGAUUAGGUCUUCGGCGAGCAAGGCUCUGGAUAUUCAUCAGGGUUCGGGUGAGAAGCUUAAAGACAUCCCCAAUGUCGCUUUCAAACUAUCAAAAAGGAAGGCAGAUGAUAGUCUCCGAGUUCUUCAUAAUAUUCUUUUUGGAAGAAAAGCAACUGUACAUUUCCUGAAGCGAAACAUUCUCCAAUUCUCUGGUUUUGUUUGGUCUCAGAAUGAGGAGAAAGAUAAAUUAAAAGUUAAGGAAAAGCUCAAUAAGUGCAAUAAAGAUAGGUUGCUAGAUUUGUCUGAUUUGCUAGAUGUAUACACAUUAAGGGUUCACAGCAAGAAGGAAGAUAUUUCAGCAAAAUUAAUGGAAUUUUUGGAAUCUCCACAUGUUACUAGAGAAGUUAUGCUCUCCGAGAAAGUUAAGAAAGGUAAAAAGCGCAAACGGGCUGUGAAAAGAACUGGUAAAAGAACACUUGAUGAAGCAUUGAUAGAUAAAGAAAAAAAGAGAGAAAAAAGAAGUAAAGAACCUGCUAAAGAUGAACAAGAAGAUGAAGGUAAGGUUGACUCAAUCGACAGAGAUAAUGAAUCUGCAGAUGAAGAUGAAAGUACUGAUGGAGAGGAAACAAGUGAAAAUACUAAUAGUGCGGAAGAAGAUGUGGAAGAUGAACACUCUUCUGAAUUGGCCAAAAAACAUUCGGAUGUUGAGGGGGUUGAUGAACAUGAGGAGUUUGAAUCCAAACAGCACUCCCCUGUAGUAAGAAAUGCUUCUCUUUCAACAUCUAAGAAAGGCCCAUCAUCUUCCAAAAAGAAGCUAGAUAAAGAAAGUAAAUCCAAUGUCUCUUUAGAGAGUAAAAUAGAUAAUUCUAAAGAUACAAAUGGGAGUUCAAACAUGAGCAAAACAUCCAGGAAAGAUCUGUCUUCUUCCAAAAAGAAGGUUGACAAAGAAGGUAAACCUAAGGUCCCUUCAGAGAGCAAAUCAACUAUUUCUAAGGAAACCAAGGAGAGUUCAAACAUGCGUAAAAAUUCUAAGAAAGUUCUGUCACCUUCUAGAAAGAAGGUUGAUUCAGAAGGUGAACCUAAGGUUCCUCAAGAGAGUAAAGCAGUUUCUUCUAAGGAUACCAAGGAGAGUUCAAAGAUGAAGAUCAAAGCACCAAUAAAAACUGAUUCGAAGGAUAGUUCUAAAAGAAACGUUUCAGUGAAGGGUGAUAUUUCUAAAAAAGCUGAUAAAAAGAAAGGAAAGAGCAAUAUUGGAACUCCCUCUAAAGACACGACAGUAAACAUGAAAGAAGUUGCAAAUACGGAGUCAAAUAAUGCAGAGAAGAAGCGAGGAAAGCAAUCAGACCUCUCUGUUGUGCCCAGUACAGAACAGUUAUCUGCUGUGGUGGGUAAAAUACUGAAAGAAGUAGACUUCAAUGUUGCUACCCUGGCUGAUAUUAUCAAGCAAUUAGGCGCUCACUUUGAUACUGAUCUUAUGGAUAGAAAAUCAGAGAUAAAGCACAUACUUGAAGAAGUGAUUAAUAAUAUGAUAGAUGCUGAAGAUGUUGAGGAUGACCAUGGAGAUGGUGAUGGUGAUGAUGAAGAUGCUGAGAAUGACCAUGGUGAUGGUCAUCAUGAAGAUGCUGAGGAUGACAAUGGUGAUGGUGAUGAUGAUGGUGAUGAUGAAGGUGAGAAGAAUUGAAUGGGAUUGAAUACUUGGUAAAUUUUCCUCAAUAUGUAUUUUUUUAAUUUACGAGCGUGCUUUUGUGAAUCUUUGUGUAGUAGCAUAAACUCUUAUAUAGGUUGUCUCUUUUUUUUU